UGGAUUUCCUUUUUCCACGCAACUCAAAACCAUGGGCACAUUUCAAUACCAAAACCAUCUGCUCUUCCUGUCUACUCUCAAAUCUUUAUAUGUAUUGAUGCUAUUUACUCUCUCUCUCUCUCUCUCUCUCUCUCUCUCUCUCACUCAUAAUAGUCUCGUUUGAUGUGAUCCACCACCAUUUUUGCUUCUUAUUAUAUAAUCUCUCCACCUCUUGUUCUCUUGCUUUAUAGAUUUUGAUCCGGAUUUUAGGUGAAUAGUUGAAAAAAGCUAAAGAUCUUAGAAACCUGAUAAAACCCAUUCAACCAAACCCAAUAUGAGGAGUUUCUGCAAUUCUGAUCUCUGACGAAGAUUCCUCAAAGUCUUCACUUUCUGGGGCCUUGAGCUAAAUUUCAAUCUCUUAGUAUUGUUUUCUAUGGACACCAAUAGAAUGCAGGGAGGAAUGAUUCCGGGUAUGGCUUCUGGAAUGCUGGGUUUAGAGAUGCCUCUGCAUCAAAAUCCACAACAACAGCAGCAGAUGAUGAGCUUCGGCCCUCACGAUAACGAUCUUCACUCGCAGUCUCAACAACCUGUAAUGAAACAGCAACCCUAUCAUUACAACACCAAAGAUAAGCAGCAACAACAACAACAAUGGAGUGACGAAGAUGAGCCCGGAUUCAAUGGCGACGACGGCGGAGGAGACGGGAAGAAGCGAACAUCUCCAUGGCAGAGGAUGAAAUGGACGGACAACAUGGUGACGCUCCUCAUUAUGGUUGUCUUCUACAUCGGAGACGAUGGUGGCGGCGAAGCCAUCGCCACCGCCACCGCCACCGCCACCGACCCUUCCGGCACAGGAAAAAAGAAGUCCGGUGGGUUGUUACAGAAGAAAGGCAAGUGGAAAACUGUAUCUAAGGCGAUGAUGGAGAGGGGUUUCUAUGUUUCUCCACAGCAGUGCGAAGACAAGUUCAAUGAUCUCAAUAAGAGGUAUAAGAGGGUUAACGAUAUCCUCGGAAAGGGUACAGCUUGUAAGGUUGUGGAGAACCAGAGCUUACUGGACACAAUGGACAAUAUAUCCCCUAAGAUGAAAAAGGAGGUAAAGAAGCUACUCAAUUCCAAGCACCUUUUCUUCAGGGAGAUGUGUGCUUACCACAACACCUGCGCUGUCAGUGGCGGUGCCGCCGCCUUUGCAUCUGCCCAUCACUCCGCCGCCGAGGUUGCUGUGGAACCUGCCCAUCAUCCAUCUCAACAACGCUGCUUCCAUUCUUCGGAAGCUAAUGCCAUUCUUGCUAAUUCAAGAGGCAGGGCUGAUGGAGAGGGAUUGAAAGUGGGUAGGGGAGGAAGCCGGGAAGAGGAAGGAGAUGACGAAGAUGACGACGACGAUGAUGAAGAUGACGACGAUGAGGAUGAAGAGGAGGAGGAAGAAGAGACAGAAGAAAGUAGGGGUCACAAGAAUCACAACGGUUACAGAGGAGCGGAAGAAGAGGUAUUGGGAUCAAGGAAGAGGCAGAGAAGAGGGGUUUUCGGUUCUUCUGCUUCUCCAUCAUCGUUGUCGCCGGCAAUGCAUCAACUGAGCUCGGAGUUGUUCAGUGUGCUUCAAGAUGGGACGAAGAGCGAGUGGGAACAAAGGCAGUGGAUGAGGAACAAGUUGUAUCAAUUGGAAGAGCAGAAAGUGAGGUACCAGCACGAAGCAUUCGAGCUGGAGAAGCAGAGAUUGAAAUGGAUUAAAUUUAGUGGGAAGAAGGAGAGGGAGAUGGAGAAAACGAAGCUUGAGAAUGAUCGAAUGAGACUUGAAAAUGAGAGAAUGGUUCUUCUCCUUCGUCAGAAAGAGCUUGAAUUGCUUGAUCUUCAGCAGCAGCAACAACAACAUCAUCAGCAACUUUCAUCCAAUAGAAGGCCCGACCCAUCUUCCAUCACUGGAUGAUUUGUUACUAAAGAUUAUCUAGAUUAGAUUUAUGUUAACCUCUCCAUCCCCCUGCCCCACCAUUUCUCUUUUUGGGAAAGAUUUUCAUUAUUGCCCAUUCUCUAAAUUUUCUUCUUGUAUAAACAAGUAGCUAGAUCUUUCAUUUCUAUUUUGGGGAGUUUUUCUUAACCUACCUAAUUUUUCUUCCCUUGUACUAUAUGGGGAAAUGAAUGCAACGAAGCAUUAUUAGUAA